CCUGUUAGCGUCGUUUCCGCUGUGUUCCGUGCCGGGUCCGUUUCGCUCCGACUAUUUCGCACGAUUUCUCCAUUCAACUGCGCCGCGGGUAAUUCCUCGGCGCGUUCCCCUGUUCCUGAAAACUGUACGAAUCGAUAAUCGUGCCUCGAGAUUACCGGCAGGAACACGGUUACCGAUCGACACAGCAGGUCCGGGUUGACGAACCCUUCGAAGAGACCACUUGGUUACCGUAAAAAAUGCAGCCCGCCGUAGGAACGUUCGAACGCCUCCGAUUCUCACGAAUAAUUGUCGUACCGUGAAUGUACGAGUAAAGAAGCAAGCCGAGAUCAGUUCUACGGUAGAUCGAUCGAGAGAAGAGAUCACGACGUAAAUCGAAACGAGACGCGCGACGCACCGUUCGAUCGACAGCUAGGGGAAUCGAGUUUCGAAGCUCAAGAGAACGACUCGAGUUCCAGCACGGAUAAUCGUGUUCUAUGAAGUUGCUCGCAAUCCGCGUUGCAACGAACGACGACGGUACACGGGUACACGCGUGUCCGGUGAAUCGUGAAUCGGGACAAGGUGUUGGGACAACACGCCUAAUCGAUCGUUGCGUGCGAGUCCAGUGGUGUCGCGCGAAGAAGAAUCGUAGUACGAGGAAGAAUCCACGGAGAUCGGGAUCAACGGUGUGCACGGUGUGGAUGAGUGGUGCUAUCGGGCGAUUUAGUUUAUUUUGUGCUGGUAGAGGGAACCGGAAGCCGCUAUAUUGGAGAGGAAGCGGGAAAGCGGCGUGCCGCUAUUCUGUGUACCACGGCAGAGGCGAUCGUCGCAGCCAGAAAAUAAUGAAGAGAUGAUCGCGAGCCUACCGAUACAUAGCGGCGGCGGCGGCGGCAGCGGAGGGCUGAACAGCCGUGUGGGCCGCGGAUUGGCCCUUCACAGGUCCAACUCCAGCUUGGAGCUUCCGCACAGUCCGGACCCAGCCUCUCGAGUGCCAGAAGCUCCCCUCAGAAGGGAGUAUGGAUCACACGGGAGUAUCGACGUAGUGGCGCAGUCCGUGACCGUCGGCGAGAACUUGUUCGCGAUGCUUCAGGAUCUGCGACCGUCGUCGUCGGAUCAACGGAACUCGGUCGGCGUGGAUUACCUGAGGCGCGUCUCCGACGGGCAGACAGUAGACGCGGACGAGGUCUGCGGUCCGACAGGUGGCUCGAGUCCCAAGCUGCGACUGAAAUUAAAUAGAUUGUGGGGCGCGAAACCGCCCCGAGCGAUGGAGGAAAGCUGCAGCAGCCCGGUGGUUUCGGCGGACGUGGAGGAGAGGCACAGACGACGGGCGUUCGCGCACUACGACUGUCAGUCGCUCACGGCGAACCUCGGUUACGCGGCCAAACUGAGGGGGAUCCUGCUCGCCAGGAGGAGGAACACGGCCACCGGGGCCUCCGCUGCCAGCUCCUUCAGGGCGUCUACCCCCGACGAGACGCCCGAGGAAGACGCUGGCGACGGAAAAGGCGCUGUUUUAGUAAGUCCUGUGACCCCUGGCGCGAUUGUAGGUAACGAACUGUUGGAAUCGUGCCCAUUUUUCCGAAACGAGAUCGGCGGCGAAGGAGAGCGAGAAGUGGGUCUGACUCGGUGCUCCCAAGGCAACGGAGUUCACAGACCGCCAUUAUCGUACGGUAUCGCGGUUUUGGAGCCGGCGCCCGGCGAGACAUUAUGGAAGCACAGUUGUCCGAUGCAGAAACGACCAUUACCCAUCGAGAGCGUCGACGAGGGCGCCCAUUAUUACAGGAGAUACUUUCUCGGUCGAGAGCACCAAAACUGGUUCGGCAUGGACGAGCAACUGGGUCCAGUCGCGAUCAGCAUUCGAAAAGACGUUAAUCAAUAUAGGAUAAUCGUCCGCACCUCGGAGCUGUUGACGCUCCGCGGAUCGGUGCCGGAAGAGGCCCUCGGGAUCAGGCCCCAGGGCAAUCGACUGCCCACCAGGGAACUUUUGGAACUGGUUGCCCCGGAAGUACAGCUUGGCUGUCUGAGGCUCGGCACUCCCGCCGCCGAGGAGGCUCUCGCUCGAUUGGACGAGCAAGGACUCUCCAGCAGGUACAAGGUCGGUGUUCUCUACUGCAGAUCCGGACAGAGGACCGAGGAGGAGAUGUACAACAACCAACACGCUGGACCGGCCUUCCUCGAGUUCCUCGACGCUAUCGGCCAAAGAAUAAGACUGCGAGGAUUCGAAGGUUACAAGGCUGGCCUGGAUACGAGAACCGACUCGACAGGUACCCACGCGGUCGCCGCUACGCACCGUGGAGCGGAAGUGACGUUUCACGUGUCGACGAUGCUACCCUUUACGCCGAAUAACAGGCAACAGCUGCUCAGGAAGAGGCACAUCGGAAACGACAUAGUCACGAUAGUUUUCCAGGAACCUGGCGCGUUACCGUUCAGCCCACGGAGGAUACGCUCUCAGUUCCAACACGUGUUCAUCGUGGUCAAAGCCAUCAAUCCGUGCUCGGAUAAUACUCAGUACAGCGUGGCCGUGUCCAGGAGCAAAGAAGUUCCUAUUUUUGGACCUCCAGUUACCCCGGGCGCCAUGUUCGCCAAGGGGAAAAACUUCGCCGACUUCAUCCUGGCGAAAGUGAUCAACGCAGAAAACGCAGCCCAUAGGUCGGAGAAGUUCGCCACGAUGGCGACGAGGACGAGGCAAGAGUAUUUGAAGGAUCUCGCGACCAACUACUCCUCCACGUCCGUGGUCGACACUGGACAGAAAUUUUCCAUGCUGUCGUUCAGCAGCAAGAAGAAGGCGGCGGUGAGGCCGAGAUUGUCCUGCGACGCGUCGCAACGUGGCGCGAUUUGCUGGCAGGUGAUCCUGGAGGACAGUAAUCAGAACACGGAUUGUUAUCUAGGAAUAAGCGUAGACACCGUCGUUCUUAUCGAGGAACAUUCCAGGCAGAUUGUUUUCGUCACUCCGUGCGCGAGCGUACUCGGCUGGCACGCUCAAACGAACAGCUUGCGACUGUACUAUCAUCAAGGAGAGUGUAUUACGAUCCACGUGCGCGGUGAUUACGGAGAAAGGGACGAAUUAAUGGAAAUCGUGGCUCGUCUGCGAGCCGUGACUCAAGGAGCACCGGCUACGGAACUGUCUCUGAAGAGAAACAGUUUGGGUCAGUUGGGUUUCCACGUUCAGCCGGAUGGCGUGGUGACGCAGGUCGAGAGCAUGGGACUGUCCUGGCAGGCGGGAUUAAGACAGGGCUCAAGGCUCGUCGAAAUUUGCAAAGUAGCCGUAUCCACGUUGAGCCACGACCAGAUGGUCGAUCUGCUGAAGACCAGCGCCCAGGUCACGGUCACCGUCAUACCACCGAACAACGACGGUAAUCCUAGGAGAGGUUGCUCGCUGCAAAACUGUCAGUAUUUGUCGAGCAACUACGAGGGGGACUACGAAAACGUAACCAGUCCUGAUAACACGCCGAGUCAGCAAACAGCCAUGUCUCAUCAGAGGCGGUACGAGCGAUCUUUCAGCCCGCCGAGAUCGAGCAACAGUUCUGGCUACGGAACCGGAUCUAGCUCCAGAUCGUUCAACGAUCCUCGCUUUCCCAUGGAAGGAACGAUGACCAGCAGCAGCAGUGGACACAGCAGCGCCGACGAUCGCUGGUACGAGCUCCUGGAACCGCAGGACCAAGACAAUGGUCAUCGCGCCGACGGUACCCCGCCGCCGCCGCUUCCAGCGAGACAAAAUUACCAAGUAGUGACGCCCAAGUCGUCCCAGAAAAAGGAGAAAGAGUCCCACUACGCCAGCAGCAAACAGUUUUCGGAGAACUCGAAGCACCACGGUCACGAUCAUUAUACGAAGGACGGCAAUUACGUGUCGUCGAAAACGAUACAGGAGACGGCGAGGCACGAGAAUUAUCAGAGGCAGUUGGAGAACGCUCACCGGGCCCAGGACCACGUCGCCUCCAAUUACGUGAAACUCCAGAAAGAGAAAUACGAGAUCAAGCAGGAGAAUUUGUACGCGUCGCAGAGGGAGCUGCACAAGAACGACGGGCACCACGUCGGCCAUCAGAAGCUCACCGCGUCUAAUUCGCUUCCGUUGGCGCAGAACGCGUCCUACAGUCUUCCGAAAUCGAACAGCAACAACAACCUGGGCAGAUACAACGAGUACGAGCAGCCGAAGUACGAGUACGAGGCCGGCAAGCCCGAUAGAAACUCGAAGUACGAGGAGGAGAAGGGCAAGUACGAGCAGGAACGGGCGCACGAGAAGAGAACGAUGGGAUACGAAUACACGGAGGAGCUGUACGAGAGAAGGAACAGCAAGUACGACAUGGACAUCGCGAAGUACGAGCUGGAGUGUCAGCACGGCGAACGGAAGCACGCGGAUGGAGAGCAAAAUCGCGAGUCGAUCAGGUACGAGAUACCUCACGAGUUCAAGGUCGGCGAGAAGGUCACUUGCUUGAAGACCACCAUGACGGAGAGGCCCGUUCCUCACAAGAUAAACGUCGAGUACAGACAGACGAAAGAUUUCGCCGCCAGUCUGCCGCCGGAAGUGCGGAUCCCGGACGUGAACUGCCCGGAGACCACCGCUCUGCCCAGCGAGGACGAGCUGUCGAACGGUUCCGGAAGCGUGUCGCCCAGGCUGAGAAGAGCCAAUAAGCAUCGAGGCGGAAAUCUCACUCCUUCCAGCGGCAGCUCGAGGAACCAGAGCCCCAGGCCGAAGCCGGGCGUACGGAACUCGCACAGGAACUCCGCGAACUUGACGUCCAGCACGCUGCAAGAGGACCUGAUGAAGCUGAUAAAUCCUGAUUACAUAGCGGACGACGGCCAGAUAACGAACAACAACGUUAACGUGAACGCGUUGAUCAGCAAUCAGAACUCCAACAAGAUCAACAACAAUUUGUUGGAGAUACAGAACAGAUGCAGGUCCAGGGAGAACCUGUGCGGCAGCAGCGCCAGCACGCUGACGGUUCUGUCGACGAACGGGCAAGAGAACGGAAACGGAAACGGAUCGGAAGUGAUCCUGACGAUGGCCAGACCGGCCACGGUGAUCUCAAACGCGAGCACCGCGUCCAGUCCGGCCCCAAGCGAAAACAAGAUGUCCAAGGAAGAAAGAUUGUCGCCCCGCGUCACCAAACCUCCGCAUUCGAUUUCCAAAGCGCCCAGCAACUUGACCUCGAUCAAAGACGCGAAAAAUCAUAACAACACGGACGUAGACUGUUGGCAGAACCACCACCAUCACGUGGACGCUAGAUCGAAGCAACAUCCUCAGGAGUGGUCGGACGACAGGCUCAUCGACGGGUGCAGUACCAUCGCGAAUUCCGUGUCGGACUUGCAGACGCACUUGUCUUCCUUGGAACUGAGGGUGGCCAGAGAGACACGACGAAGACUUUCCCUAGAAGACGAGGUGCGUCGUUUGCGAGACGAGAAUCGACGCCUGCAAGACGAAAGUCACGCGGCCGCGCAACAGCUUCGACGCUUCACCGAAUGGUUCUUUCAAACGAUAGAUCAUCAGUAAUUUCGUACCAAUUUCGUGGCAAUCGUUUCCGCGAUUUUAAUUCGAAAGUAUUAGGGUGCCCCUGAAAACAUCGAGCACUUUUCAUAUUUUUUUAAAUUUGGUAUUGCUAGGUUUCGAGCUGUAGUAAUUACUUGAAAAUGGUCAGUCUCAGUCUUUGCGUUCUAAUCAUCGAGCUCGAAUAACGAUUUUCAUUUGUUUAUAUUCCACGUCAAAUACGCUAUAGACUAAAGUCACGAACCGCGAUGUCCGCUAGCCGAUAGAAGUAUUUUUGGUGACUCGGUGAACGGUGUUUAAACGCGAAAAAGUUUUAGAACGCAUCGUUUCCAUAAUUAUUUUGGUUCCCUGGUUACGAUCGUUGAUAUCUUUCGUUCGACGUAUUUUAUUCGAUCGUGUUCCGGCACGGUCGCCUCGUAAGAGCAGUAUUAGUUCCGCGUUUCCACGAACGUCGUCCACGUAGAGAUUAAGACGCGAAUCGACGACAAUUCGCGCGAUUCGAACCGGAAUAAGGUGUACACGCAACGUACUGUUUACGAUGUCGGGCGGUAGGGAUGCUCUGCCGACAUUUUGUACCAUAGAUUUUACUCUUCGAUAGUUGUUAAGCGUUCCAGUGUAAGGUUACCACCUUUAUGCUCUGUUCAGACAUUAUUUUCCAACGAUCCAGAGAGAGAUACCUGUAGAUUCGACGGAACGUGCAGCCGUUACCCGUUCGAAGGCAAUCGUUGUUUUGUUAACGACGCGUAAAACGGCGAUUACGAACGACGUCUUACUUCGAUAUGACCAAAUAUUACUAGUUGUCUAAGAAUUAAUUUCGACUCAUCUCUGUAAUUUAUUACGUGUUUUGUAUAAUCGUUCAGGGUAUUGUCGGUCGAACCGGAUGGGGAACAUUUUCGUACGCGUUAAGAGGACGGAAAAAAUGAUGAAAAAGAAAGAAAAAAAAGUACAUUCCACCGCGCACGAGACCGCGUUUGUUAGAUCGGUUCGACGCCUCGAUCGUCCGUCACGAGGCUUCUGUUUAUUAUUCGCAAUAAGCGUUCCGAACUUUACGAGUUACGAAAACGUUUGUCGAGAAAAGUCUGUAAGUUGAGAAA